AUGAUAUUAACUGUGUUUCUGAGCAACAAUGAACAGAUUCUGACAGAAGUUCCAAUUACACCAGAAACAACCUGUCGCGAUGUAGUGGAGUUCUGCAAAGAGCCUGGAGAAGGAAGCUGCCAUCUGGCUGAAGUAUGGCGUGGAAAUGAGCGCCCCAUACCCUUUGAUCACAUGAUGUAUGACCACCUGCAGAAGUGGGGACCCCGCAGGGAAGAGGUGAAAUUUUUUCUUCGUCAUGAAGAGUCACCAGCUGAAAGCAAUGAGCAGAGUGGACGUCAAGUGCAAAAUCAAAGAAAUGGCAUAAAUAUACCUGUGGAGAAAAGAACAGAGAAUGGGGUUGGCAAUCCACGUGUCGAGCUCACUCUUUCUGAACUGCAAGAUAUGGCUGCCCGACAACAGCAACAGAUUGAAAAUCAACAGCAAAUGUUGGUUGCUAAGGAACAACGUUUGAGAUACCUGAAGCAGCAAGAGCGUCGCCAGCAGCAGUCUGUUUCUGAGAGUGAAAAGCUUCAAAAACUUAAAGAACGUGUUGAAACCCAAGAGACAAAGCUGAAAAAAAUCCGUGCCAUGAGGGGACAAGUGGACUACAGCAAGAUGAUGAAUGGCAAUUUGUCUACUGAAAUUGAGCAUAUAAGUGCCAUGUUCCAGGAAAAGCAGCAGGAGCUGCAGGCUGCAGUGUUAAAAGUGGAUCAACUCACUCAGCAACUGGAUGAUUUAAGGAAAGGGAAACUGAAUGGGUUUCAGUCGUACAAUGGACAAAUGACAGGGCCUGCAGCAGUAGAAUUAAAAAAGUUGUAUCAAGAGCUACAGAUCCGUAACAGGCUUAACCAGGAGCAGAACUCCAAGCUCCAGCAGCAGAAAGAACUCCUAAACAAACGCAAUAUGGAGGUGGCCAUGAUGGACAAGCGAAUCAACGAGCUGCGCGAACGUCUGUACAAGAAAAAAGUUGAGGCACGUCAAAAAGAAAACAUUCCUUUGAAUCGUAUUAAUGGAACUUCAUCGCCCCAGUCAUCCCUGAGUGCCUCAGGAAGGGUGGCAGCAGUAGGACCUUACAUCCAAGUUCCCAGUGCUGGCACUUAUGCUGUACCAGUAGAUCCAGUUAAGCCACAAUCUCUCACCAUUGCUCCUAACUCAACGCAUGGAAGGUCAAAAUCUGCUAAUGAUGGAAAUUGGCCGAUACUUAAACAGAGUUCAGCCCCUGUGGUAAAACCCCCGCAGAUCUCCAACACAGACUGGAAAGAAUCGAGCAUGGAUACUGCUUUAAAACAAGGAACUAUAUCCAGCCAGCCUUUGCCAACUUCAGUAUUAGGAAGUACUGAUAAGCUGGGUCUUGACCUGGGGAAGGUGCCACCAACAGUUCCUGGUGUAAGCAAGCAGUUGCCUCAGAACUAUGGGACCUAUCCAAGCCCAGUUCCAUUAGGAACAGGUUCUACAAACUCUCUAGAAAGAAGGAAGGAUGGCAGCCUGCCCAGACCUGGCACCAGCAUAGCAAAUCGGCAGAGGCCGGUUCCGCUCCCGCCGCCCAGCAACGUGCACCAGCCCAGCUCUUCACAGCAGAUCCAGCAGAGAAUUUCUGUCCCUCCCAGCCCCACGUAUCAACCCUCUGGUCCCCCCUUGUUCCCAGGAGGAGAGGGCAGGCCAGAACUGCCUUUGACUGUGGCAAUCAGACCUUUUCUUGCUGAUAAAGGGUCCAGACCUCAGUCUCCCAGAAAAGGGCCACAGACAGUGAACUCCAGUUCCAUCUACUCAGUGUAUCUUCAGCAAGCAACACCACCAAAGAAUUACCAACAAGCUGUGUACAAUACUUUAAAUAAGUCGGUAAAAGCAGUUUAUGGAAAGCCUGUAUUACAGUCUGGUUCAGCCUCUCCCUCACCCUUGCCAUUCCUUCAUGGCUCUUUGCCUGCCCAGUCUCCCUCACAGCCACAACCUCAGCCUCAGACUGAGGUCACUGAAAAAGAUCAAGAGUUGGAAAAUGCUCCACCACCCAGUGAAAACAGCAAUGUGGAGAACAUUCCCCGUCCUCUCAGUCCUACUAAGCUCACCCCCAUUGUGCACUCGCCCCUGCGGUAUCAGAGCGAUGCUGACCUCGAGGCUCUGAGGAGGAAAUUGGCCAAUGCUCCCAGGCCAUUAAAGAAACGCAGCUCCAUCACCGAGCCAGAGGGCCCGAGUGGACCAAAUAUACAAAAAUUAUUGUACCAGCGCUUUAAUACCCUGGCUGGAGGGAUAGAAAGUGCUCCUUUCUAUCAGCCAAGCAAUCCACAGGACUUCAUAGGCAACUUGGCUGACGUUGAUAAUGGGAACGCCAGCACCAAUGGCAAUAUUGAAGAACCAAUCCCUGUGCAACCUACAGUUCCUGUCCCUGAUGAACCACCCCCUUCAUCAGAUGCCAAUGAUAAUGAGUUACCUUCUCCUGCUACCGAGGAGCUGAUAAGCACUGAAACCACGAAUCAAACACCUGAUACAACUGAAGACAACAACAACAAUCUUGCUAUAGUUCCUUCUACUGAGCAGUCACCCAGUCCCACACCAGAGGUCAGUUCCCCAGUAGAAGAUGAAGCUCCUUUGCCACCUGCUCUUCCUCCUCCACUUCCUGCAACAAAACGUACCAACUUAAAGAAACCCAACUCAGAAAGAACAGGCCAUGGUUUGAGAGUGAAGUUCAAUCCUUUGGCUCUCCUCCUUGAUGCUUCUUUGGAGGGUGAAUUUGAUCUGGUACAACGAAUCAUAUAUGAGGUUGAUGAUCCCAGUAAACCAAAUGAUGAAGGCAUUACACCUUUGCAUAAUGCAGUGUGUGCUGGUCAUCACCACAUUGUGAAGUUCCUACUUGAUUUUGGUGUAAAUGUAAAUGCAGCAGAUAGUGAUGGGUGGACACCCUUGCAUUGUGCAGCUUCUUGCAAUAGUGUUCAUCUCUGUAAACUACUGGUUGAAUCUGGGGCAGCUAUUUUUGCUUCAACUAUAAGUGAUAUAGAAACUGCUGCAGACAAGUGUGAGGAGAUGGAAGAAGGUUAUAUUCAGUGCUCCCAGUUUUUGUAUGGAGUUCAGGAGAAGCUGGGAGUGAUGAACAAAGGGGUGGUGUAUGCUCUGUGGGAUUAUGAAGCCCAGAACAAUGACGAGCUGUCAUUCCACGAGGGCGAUGCCAUCACUAUCCUGAGGCGCAAGGAUGACAAUGAAACGGAGUGGUGGUGGGCCCGCCUCAAUGACAAGGAGGGCUAUGUGCCUAAAAACCUCCUCGGGUUAUAUCCACGAAUAAAACCUCGACAGCGAACCCUUGCUUGAAUUCAGUUGUACGACAAUGCAGUACCAUGCUGGUAACUGGAAACUUAGAACAUACACUGGAGCCAUCAUUUUUGAUCAUUUCACACAGAGAAAUAAAACUAUGAGACUUAGUUUUAAUGGUGCUUUCUCUUGUUCAAUGGACAGCAUCCACAAUUUCCAAGAUCUGCAGUUUGUAAGUGAGGAUCGUUUCUGUGUGACCCAGCACUGACGAGGAGAGCGAUACCUCCAGUACCGACAGUGUUGCGCCAACUCUCGUCCAACGCAGUGUUUUGAGUCAGAGUUCUGUGGUAGGAGCUUUCUUGUGUUCUGUGUUCAGAGGUGUCAUUUGCAGAGUGCAGAUGCGCUGUCCAGUUUGCUCCAACCCCCCACAGUAACUGUCCCAUGUCGGGAUUUUGGGUAUUUCUGUUCAAUACCAGUGAAUGUUGAGUUCUCAUUACCGAUCAACUCUUUGGGUUCUAGGACAUGAGAUCUUCACCUGUUACAUGCAUAAUUAAGUAGUUACCAAAGCUUGGUGAAGGCUAGGAUUUUAGGUGGCAACAUGCUAAACACUUAAAUCCUAGUCUGGACAACCCCAAUGAAAGCUUUACCUAGUCUAGCAUUUUGCAUUAUUUGCAUUUAGUAUCAAGCUAGAAAACUAACAAAACCAACAGUAUUUGUACACUUUUCAAAGUCCCUACACAAUAUUUCACUUGGUGUUUUAUUUUAUUAUUAUUAUUAUUCAGCCUACAGCACCGGUGUUACCUCUACAAAUGUAAAGGUUCCCUACUAACCCCCCGAGCUCAUCCAGCCUGGACACAACAGUUAGUUCUGAAGUUGCAGCAGCUUAAGGGAUUUGUAUGUCUGCAGGGAUGAAAGUGCAAUAGUUGAAAAGGGUAAGAGUCUGGGUAAGGGUUAUACUGUGUCACCUGAAGUCUGCCUGAGUCAGUCUAGAAGAAGAUAUGAAGGACUGGAUAGAAGUAGAAAGAGGGUCGUGUAGAUGCCAAGUGGAGGAGAAGAAAGAAACAAGGUUUAGAGAAGGAUUUAAGAAAGGCAAUAGCUUAUUUGAGGACAGUUUCUGUGGUUCUUGGCAGCCUACAACUGCUGCCAAGGCAAGUUAUGCAAUAACCUGUUCCACUACAUUGUAGUUUCAAGCAAAAAAAUAAAAACCCCACAAACAGGCACUUCACUGGAAUUUUAAUUGUACAUGAUUUUAUAUACCAGAAGUAUAUUUUGAAUUUCCCAUUAUAAGUUUUAGCCAUAUUUCUUGUAAUUUUCUCCCAUUUAACAGUAUGCAAUUUGAUUAACUCUUCAUGUACAAGUUCUGUGUAUAAUUUAUAUAUCCAUUUCUGCAGUGCUGUAACAUGCUUUUACCACAGGUCAGCAUUAACUGUAUAUAUUGUGGUGAAAAGUGAAAAGGGUAUUAUUGUUGAAGAAUUUGCUACAUGAAUGUGAUGAUUUCAAGAGCCUAUGAUACACUAAUUCAGAGAACAUGUAAAUGUGCACAAUAAAGUACUGCUAAGGCAUUGCUGCAUUCUCUAUUCUCUUUAUAGAGGUCUUGACAGCAGAUGUGGCUUUGGUCAGUCUGCACAAAAAACCACUAAUUGUAGCUUCCCAAGGUUACAGCUGUCAACCUACCUUUCCUCCUUGUUUUAUCAGCUUCACUGAAGAUGUGAUUAUGCACUAGUAUCCGAGUAUUCCAACUGGGACAAAUUAACUUAGAACUAAAAUUAGUGUUUUCU